AUGGCAAUUGAAAAAGGCCCAUCUGGCUUAACCUUGCAUGGAAAUGGUUGCGAAAAACUGAAGAAGAACGUGAGGCAGGAAAAGGAGGAAACUGAGAAGAAGCGAGAAAAAAAAAGGGGAAAAAUUGAGCAGAAAGGAAAAGAAACGGAGCAGGAAAAAACAAGCAGAAAAUAUGAGGAACCAUACGUGAUCAAACCAGAGAAAAAAAACCAGAAGAAAGAAACAAGAAUUGCCAGUAGCAGGAGAAGAAGGGAUACCAGACCAGAAAAGAACAAAACGGGUAGAAAUAAAGCAAAGCUUGCGAAGAAAAAGCGAAGACAAGGAAAUUCAAAAGGGCAAAGACUCAGGCUACUCCAAAGAAAGGUUUUUUUUCUCUCUCGAAGUCUCCCACGAAGAAGCAGCAACAAGAGGAAAAGCGAAAACGGAGGAUAUGCCAGGACUGAGCACAGAGAUAGUAGAGCACAGAUUACCCUUAAAAUCAGAAUCCAAAAGGCAAUAAAAUGGGGUACUGUAGUGGAGUUCCAUACAGAUCGUGCUACUGAAGAAUAUGAACCAAUGAGGUUGGAAUUCCUUGAUGAAGAUCUAAUGACCAUUUCUCAACUGAAGAAAGGGGAGCAUGGAGAAAAGUGUUAG